GUCAAGUGUCAAGACUUAUUAAUCAUAAUUAUAACAGCGUCCAGCCAGAAAUUCAAGUUACCACGCUCUGCUGAUCAACCCGUGGAUAGAAACCCGCUUUGCCGCUGUGCUGUAAAAUUGUCCAACACUGAGCGGUGCGCUUUGAUCUGCCGUCUAGCCAAUCAGAUCACCGGAUGAUGCUUUAAGAGCAAACCGUACAUCCCCGAGUGCGUUUCACGUGGAUUUUUUGGACAAAAUGGUUGUAAGAAUUUUGACGGAGCCAAGAGAGCUUUGACUCGUUUAUGCAUCGAUGGAUUUAUUCGCAUUAUGGCAAAGCUUUGUUACACUUUUUGGAUUUUACUCAUAGUCCUUGUUGGAUACCUCAGGUUUGCCGUCAGUACGUGGUGGUUCAUAAGUCAACUCCCGUUACAUGCGGUGGGGGCGCGCGUCAUCUGUGAUAACAUCCCGGGACUGGUGGGGAAACAGAAGAAACUUUGUCGGACGUAUCCCGACGUGAUGAUAAGCCUGGGCGAGGGCGCUAAGCUGGGAGUGAAGGAGUGCCAAUACCAGUUCAGGAACCAGCGGUGGAACUGCAGCACGCUGGACAGGGACGCUUCGGUAUUUGGGAAAGUUAUGCUUAAAGUAGGUAGCCGAGAGGCUGCGUUUGUACAUGCCAUCUCAAGCGCGGGCGUGGUGCACGCGAUCACACGCGCAUGCAGCAAGGGGGAACUGUUGAAUUGUGCAUGUGAUCCCACGAAGAAGGGGAAGAGUCGAGACAAGAAAGGAGAAUUCGACUGGGGAGGCUGCAGUGAUAAUGUCAGAUACGGCAGCAAUUUCUCCAGAUUCUUCGUCGAUGCGCAAGAAAAACGCGUGCGCGAUGCACGUGCUCGUAUGAAUCUUCACAAUAAUAGGGCUGGCCGAAAGGCAGUGAAACGUUUCAUGAAACUCGAAUGUAAAUGUCACGGCGUGAGCGGCUCAUGUGCCAUUAGGACGUGUUGGUUAGCUAUGCAAGAAUUCCGAAAAGUUGGAAAUUAUAUCAAGAAUAAAUAUAACAGUGCCACACAAGUGACAAUGAACCAGGACGGCACGGGUUUUAAUAUAGCCAACAAAAAUCACAAGAAAGCCACAAAACAUGAUCUCGUGUAUUUCGAGGAAUCGCCAGAUUAUUGUAACAAAAACCCUGAAAUAGGCUCUUUCGGUACAGCAGGACGGGAGUGUAAGAAGGACUCCAUGGGUACAGACGGCUGUGAUAUCAUGUGCUGUGGAAGAGGGUACGACACCACCACUGUGGUACAGACUACCAAAUGUGAGUGCAAAUUUCACUGGUGCUGCUACGUCAAGUGCAAAGAGUGCUCGCGCGUCGUCGACGUCCACACUUGCAAGGGACCGAACGUCAGGAAAAACAGCAAUAAUGUGCAUCGUAAUAGGUUCAAGAGAUGGUUGGACGGUGACGCAACCCGGAUAAUGACCAGUGGGUCUCUUUGAAGUCAUUUUUUUUAUCAGUUACGAUGUUUGAUACUUGUCGGUGACAAAACGAUGAAAAAGUGGUUGCAGGAGAUUAAAUUCAAGUCUCUUUAAAAUAAAAAAGGAGAAGACUUGGGGGAUGUAAACCGGUGAGCAAAAUAUACGUGGAGAGAGAAACUGUUGCAAAAAGGAUACAUAAAAUAUUUCCAGCGAGGCAGAGUAAACAGCAUCCUUGCGCGAGAAACAGUUCUUGAUAUCACAUUUGAUGAUCUAAUUGUUUAAAGACUAUGCAAAAGAAUAAUGCACAUAUAUCAGUAUGAAUGGAAUCGCAUCAAGAGCCAGUAAAUAUUCAUAACCAAAACUGCUGUGUACGAUCAAAACCCAGCCUUAUAUAAAAUGAUUAAGCUGGCUGGAAAGCUACUUAAAGGACUAUAAAUUGUCAUGUUUUGUGUUUGCCAGGGAAACAACGAUACGAUACAGAUUGUGCAGUGAGAAGCAAGUUUGAUACAUGGAGACUUUUACCUUGUAUUUUGUACUCUAUCUGAAGGCUCAUCAUGUUGUCUUCCUCAAACUAACUCUUCCUCGUUCAAAUUGAGAAAGUCUUCAUGAACUUGUGGUAGACCAAAUGAGGAAGCAGUAAAGUAUUUAUGAUUGUCAAAAUGCCUUUUAACAUGUUAUUACUAUUGCAAAUAUCUUUUUAUUAGAAGAUAGGCCAUAUAUUUAGUAGAUUUUGUUAAAGAUAUUAUGUAAAGCCGUUUAUUUCAUUCUGAUAAUGUAAAUUAUGUAUAUAAUUUGUUGAUAUUUCAGAGAUAUUCCUUUGUAUUCUUCUUUUAAAGUGACACUUAUUUAAAUAAUAUUGCUUUAUCCUGCUGUUGUGGGACGGUACCUUAUUUAUGACAGAACAUAAUUCAUAUUUGAAUGUAUUUAAAGCUGUGCAUAUUUAUUAUGAACCGGAGGUUUAAACAGAGACAAAUAAUAUGUUUGUUUUGUGUUGGAUUACAAUAGGAAUUUAUAGCAUAUAUUGUAUUGUAUAUAUUACUUCGUUUAUCAGCAUCGUUAUAACACUAAGUAAAUAUGUAACUAUGGAACGGGGAAUACCCCUUGGUGCAAUAUUGUAGUAGUCUUAGUAUUGAUGAAACUCGUGCUUCUUUUUAAAAUAUUUUUUUGCCAAUUUCCAUGGUAGUCACUGCUAAUAGAAUAUUAAACUGCUUUAAAAUA